AUGACGGUCUUCUACCCCGAGACGGAUAUUCAGCUCCAUUACGCCAUCGAGCAUACCUCCACCGAGCAUCUCCAGCGCAUAAUAACUCGAUUAUGCGCCACCAUUCCUGAGGCAAAGAGUCUCAUUGCCUCCGAGCUUUUAGUACCGGAGGAUAAGGUUCCUGUCUUCACCAGCGAUGACGAUAUCUCAAUCAAAGGCGAUGGCAGCGAGGACGAGGACGAGGGCGAGGACAGCUAUGAUGAUGAAGAAUCCGGUACUGAAUCGCAGAUCUCUGGGGCAAGUACCAAGAGAAAGCGAGAAGAGUCCACUGCUUCAACCGCGGAUUUUGAUAACCCCCAGAAACGAUUCAAGCCUCGCUACGCGAACUGCAUCAAUUGCGAAGAGGAAUAUGACGUGGCCGAGAAUACAAACAAGAGCUGUCGCUAUCAUGAGGAACCACGUGGCGAGCCCGACUACGAUGAUUUCUUCGCUGAUGAGUUUCAAGAAGACUUGAUUGAUACUGAUGAAUACCGCAAGGACUAUCCGGAGGGAUACAUCCACGAGUGUUGCGGCAGGAAUACGCUUAAGCCUUGUCGAAUGGGAUUCCACCGGUCGAAAUAG